CUUUGGCUCUGAGCUCAGGACUCAUAAACCCUGUUUUUACGGUUAAGGACCCCCAACGACUGUGUUGUGUGGAUCAAGUACUUCUCAACUGACAGAGAUGAAUAUACUAGAAACCAACCAGAAAUUGUGCUCCCAGCUGGCAGAGAGCCAACAGCAGUUUGAAGACCUCAAGGAGAAAUUUCUUACAAGUCAAGCUACUGCCUACUCACUGGCCAAGCAACUGAAGAAAUAUGAAUGUGAAGAGGACAAAGACAUCAUAGACUCUGCGCUGAGGGAUGAAGUGCAGUUCAUAGAGGAGAAGCUGGCAGAGAAGCUCAGGACAGAGAUGAAAAUCCUAGAAAUCAACCAGGAGUUGCGCUCCCAGCUGGCAGAGAGCCAACAGCAGUUGGCAGACGUCAAGGAGAAAUUUCUUAUAAGUCAAGCUACUGCCGACUCUCUGGCCAAGCAACUGAAUAAACAUGAAUGUGAAGAGGACAAAGACAUCAUGGACUCUCUGCUGAGGGAUGAAGUGCAGUUCAUAGAGGAGAAACUGGCAGAGAAGCUCAGACAAAUUGAGAAACUCAGUCCCUGUUUGAACUCUCCUGCCACAAACAUCAGCAUGGUGGUAACUGCCAUACAUUUGUCCCAUGACAGGGCAGAGAUGGAAUUCCUAGAAAUCCUCCAGGAAGAGAGCCAACUGCAGUUGAAAGACAUCAAGGAGAAAUUUCUUAGAAGUCAAGCUAUGGCUGACUCUCUGGCCAAGCACCUGAAGAAAUAUGAAUGUGAAGAGGACAAAGACAUCAUAGUCUCUGCGCUGAGGCAUGAAAUACAGUUCACAGAGGAGAUGCUGGCAGUGAAGCUCAGGCAAACUGAGGAGCUCAGUCCCUGUUUGAACUCUCCUGCCACAAACAUCAGCAUGGUGGUAACUGCCACACCUUUGUCCCAUGACAGGGCAGAGAUGGAAAUGGUAGAAAUCGUCCAGGAAGAGAGCCAACUGCAGUUGGAAGACGUUAAAGAGAAAUUUCUUAUAAGUCAAGCUACUGCCGACUCUCUGGCCAAGCAACUCAAGAAAUAUGAACGUGAUAAAGAUGAAGAUAAAGAUGUUACAGAUGAGGAGGUCGAGAAGGUGCAGGAAUCAGCUCCCCUCAGGCUGAGCCAGGAGCUGCCAGAGGUAAAAGAGCUGGAAGCCCCAGAAGACUCCUUGGAUGAAAUUUACUUGACUCCUUCAGUUCAACAUGACCUGUCUGACUGCCACCAGCCUGAUAGCGGCACCUUGUCUUCCCUGGAUGAUCAGUUCACAUGCUGUGCUCUGGAUGUAGCCUCUCCCACCCAGGAGACCUGUCCCCAAGGGACUUGCAGUGGAGACUUGAGCCACUACCUGUCAGAGGUGCAGGCUUCACAGACACAGCUGGAACCAAACACCCUGGUGCCCGUUUCUUUGGGACUACAGCUGGAUCAAGGGAUCGACUGCGGGAAUGGCUUAGCCAGGCAGGGCCUUUCCACCACCUGCAGCUUCACAGCCAAUCCUGAUUCUGGGACCCAAUGUCCCUUCCAAGAGCUGGUUUUAGAGCCCUCUGUUGGGAUGAAGAACCCUCCGCAGCUGGAAGGUGAUGCACUCGAAGGAUCAGCGGACAACACACAAGGGCAUCACGUCACUGGCUGCAUUCAUGCCUCAAGUGUUUUGAAACCCAAGAUGAUUAAAAGAAAACUGUGGUUCAGCAAGUGGAUUCCCAGGCCUUCAUGCUUAGGGCGCAGAGAGUACAUCUCACAGCCACAGGAGAGCCAGACCUCCUUGUCCUCACCCACAUCCACAGUUUAA